AUGGGUAUCCUUACAAUCUCGAAGGGAGCCGAACCUGAUAACAUAAUCCGGGAGAUAGAAGCAGCAGAAUCAAACUUCAAGGCGCUGGUGGACGCCGCUAUGACAAUCUCGUCCCCAAGAAGUUUGCUGGUCAACUUUGCCGGCGAGAUCGACAUCACUCCGCUCACAAACUUGGUGAAUGACCUAAUUCAUCUUUUUCACCUCUUCCGUCGCAUUGCACUGAAGACAAUGGAUGCCCAAUCUGCGUUCAGAGAGGUCCCGCCAAACAUCAUGAGGAACAACCAUUACAACACUCUCUGCCCCCUUACAGUGUUCCUUCGGAUCAUCGCCAGCGCUCUCAGCCGGGUCAACCUUCGAAAGGUGAACCUGGAUGAUAUGUUCUCCGAAUGGGGCCCAAUUAAGCCUCUUCGGGGCGUCAUGGUCCAACUUCAGAAGAACUUUCGAACAAUCCGGAUAGGGGUGAACGAUGUACUCCCAGGUUUUGCAAACUGCAUUGUCCUUCACGAGGAACACUCCAAGUUCACGGUUUCCCCCACUGCAGCGGCAUAUUAUGCUUUGGCGGGCAUCAAUGCUCGUGCAACAGCCGUCCGAAGCCUUUUCCUUCAGCAACUCAGGGCUGGCUGCGAACGUGGGGUGCGCGACCGAAUUGAAAAAAUAGAGCUGCUUUCGCGGGACUUGGUGAAUUAUCACAAGAGUAGAAUAGGCAAGGAGAUGGGCAAGGAGAGUGAUGAGUGGGAUGGUAAUCCUUUCAAUGGCCCUGGCAGCAAUCGAGUCAAGAUUGGAGGGUUUGGUGCAUCCAUGACGCCAAAGGGGGGAUACAAGCUGGCGUGUUUUGUCGAUUUUUGGCGCUUUGAGAUGGAGAGGCCAGCAGCCGUUGAGGAGCGUGCCCUGGGCGUGAUGAUUGCUAAAGGUGGCCAAAGAGGCGCAUGGAAUACCACCUCAUGCGCAGAAUGGGAGCUCUGGCUCACUAAGCUGUCUCAUCAAGGCGUUCAACCCGUCCCGUUCGAUACAGUUUACCCCGUUAGGGAGGAAAUGGCCAAGUCUGCUACUUGGAUGGGCAUGGCUUCCCCAGCUAGUGCCACUCGUGCUCCUUCGAGUGGCAAGAGGGCCACGGCUGGUUCGAGGGUAGAUGUGGCCGCAGUAUUACGGGAACCCGUAUCGUACUCCAUUGAGUCCAGGUUGACGUUUCCGGAAAACGGAGAGAAGAAACCGACGCCCGGAAUAGCGUUCCCUCGUUCCCAGAAGACAACUCAACGUCAGCAACACAUGGUGUCUAGAGGUGAACCACCGGUAGAGCCUAUUGUCGCCAAAACGAAUUCUUUUACUAUUCAAAGCAGGCGCCCUGAGGCGAAGUCGACGCCCGAUAAGCCUGGAAAGAAGAGAGGGGUGUUCUCUAAAAUGUUUAGUUAA